AUGCGGUCGUCAUCGAAGCUCUACUCAACGGCCAUCGCACCACCACCUAGCCAAAGCGGGCAGCCCUUCCGAUUCCUUGAUCUCCCUCCCGAGAUUCGCAACAUGAUCUACCAAUUCUCCUUCAAGGUACCCCGAGUCGUCGAAGACAGCCACAACUGGAAGUGCAAAUGCUUCUUCACCGCCGAAUGCAACGACUAUCGCAAAGCGAUGCAGCUUCAGUGGAGUACCCCAAUGUUCGCAGCUGUGAACAAAAGCAUCCGACAGGAAGUCAUCAGCCUCUACUACGCAACAAAAGAUCUAAACUGGCACUGGAACCCUAUGAGUGUACUUUGUGAACCCGAUGAGUAUCCUCUCACCCGUUCGCUUCGGUACCUGGACUAUGCCCUGGACUUUGUAGAGAGCCAAAAUACCCAGGUCAAAAGCAUCACUAUUGAAAGCUCGAAAACUAGUUGGGACAAUCCCACUGAUACAAUGGUCGAUAUCACAAACUCUGUGCGCUUCCUCGCACCAUUUUCGGAAAACCUCAAAGAGACUGGGAGGGCACAUUCAGCAUUACACAAGAUACACUUCGCGGACGAGUCCUCCUUGGCAUAUCGUCUCUUCGACCAUGCUGGCUCCAUCGCGCCUUCUGUGCUCAACGACGAAACAGAAUUGGACAAAACGAUGCGAGCCUGGUUGUCCAAAGAUCCUGGCGCAUCAGAACUCAACUCUACGAUCAAGCGUAGGGAAGAGGCAAAGAAAGUAGAGAUCAGGUUGCGCGCAGAAAUCAUCGAAUGGGAAGAGAUAAAACGGUUACAGACUAUCCGGAUGCAGGAACAGAGACGGCAGGAAGCCAUCAGGAUGCAAGAACAGAAACGACAGGAAACCAUCAGGAUGCAUGAACAAGAGCAGCACAGGAUCAAAAUGGAAAGAAGGUGGAGGGCGAAAGAACGCAGGAUCAAGAAGUCGUCCUCGGGUCAAGCGCUCUUGAUUGUGGAUUGCUGUACUUUUUUUUAUGUUGCCGCAGCAUGUUAUGUAGCAUUUUGUCAAGCAUUCAUGACCUCGAGCUCUGCUAUAUUUCUGCUCGAUCCCUUCAACUAUGUCCAUCUGUGA